GGCGCACAAUGGAGGUGGACGUACAUAAGCACGAACGGCGGGGUAAAUAUGAGCUCGGAGAUAAAUGACGAGGGGAAAAUGUCAGGAGUCAAGAUAGCGCAGCGCAAGGAGAAGUGUGAAAACUGCACCAAACAGUGCAACAAGAAACAAGGUGAAGACGGGGCCAGCUCUGGCCCAGAGAGCGAGGAAGUCAAUGGACAGUUGAUCGAAGGCCCCCGGUUGCUGCUGAGCGCCUGUCUCUCCUGUGACGGCUGCCUCUCCGACGAGGAGACCCUGAAGAUUUCCCAGCAGAACCUGGAGGAGGUGGAGCGAGUCCUGGCCCUCAAUAAGAAAUGCGACGCAUCGAAGCACAAGGCGGUGGCGGCGUCAGUGUGUCCGCAGUCGCUGCCUUUCUUUGCCGUCCAGUUCGGCUUGGACAUUAACGAAGCAGCCCGCAAGCUCUGCAGUUUCCUCAAGAGUAUCGGGGUAAAGUUUGUGUUUGAUACCACUGUAGCAGCCGGGUUCAGCAUCUUGGAGACCCAGAAGGAGUUUAUCCAGCGCUACCGCAGGAGGCACCAUGACUCUCAGGCCUUACCCAUGUUCACCUCCUCCUGCCCGGGUUGGAUCCGCUAUGCAGAACGGGUUCUGGGCAGCGUGGUCACCCCUCACCUGUGCACAGCCCGGUCUCCCCAGCAGAUCAUGGGCUGUCUGGUGAAAGACUACUUCUCUGAGCAACAGAAGCUGAGUCCGGAGAGGAUUUAUCACAUCGUGGUGGCUCCCUGCUUUGAUAAGAAGCUGGAGGCUGUCAGAGAGGAGUUUUAUAACAGUCUACUGGAGACCAGAGAUGUUGACUGUGUCCUUACCUCUAAGGAGAUCUACCACCUGAUGCAGAAGAGGAAAAUAUCCAUGGAGCAGUUGGACUCUGUCCCACUGGAUCAUGUGCUGAGAGAAGGCGGGGACGUGGAGCUGAUGAGGCACGACGGUAGAGGCUCCGAAGGUUUCCUGGAGCACGUGUUCAAACACACGGCUAAGGAGGUGUUCGCCGUCGAUGUGCAGGAAAUCACGUACAAAACCCUCAGGAAUCGUGACUUCCAGGAAGUGACGCUGGAGGAGGACGGGGAAACGCUGCUGCAAUUUGCUGCCGUCUACGGUUUCAGGAACAUCCAGACGUUAGUGCACCGGAUGAAGAAGGGCCGCCUGCCGUACCAGCUGGUGGAGGUGCUGUCCUGCCCUGGAGGGUGCCUGAGUGGCCGAGGUCAGGCGGAGAGCGAGGCGGGGGGCCGGGUCGAUAAAGGCCUGGUUCAGCAGAUGGAGGAGGUCUACAUUAGCCUGCCGGUCCGCCUACCAGAACUCAACCCCGUCCUGAACAAGCUGUAUCAAGACUGGCUGCACGGCCCUGACUCGGAUCAGGUCAGCAAGCUGCUGCACACGGAGUUCAAAGGGCAGAGCCAGAGUAACACACAACCUCCACACAUGGAGUGGUGAAAAAAAAACAACAGAAAAAUCUGUUUUGCAAUUCUGAACCAAUGAAGAAGAGAAGGAAGUGGACCAUGCAGCAGAAGGAGGGAAAAAAAAGGUCAUUCAUUCUUUUAACCACAGGGGGUCGCUGUCUGCUUUAAUAAAUAGAAGCCGUCCACAACAACCCGCGCUUUCCAUUCCAGCUCACUGCAGCGGUGCCGUCAGCAUGUCGGGAUCAGAGCCACAGGACGAAUCUGUGGUAGGCCAGCUGUUAUGGGAAAACGGGAACAGCUGGAGGAAGUUGGGAAUUUUAUCAGCAUGCAGAGCAAUAAGGCCACAUGUGGAACUGUCAAACCUGUGGGAAUGCUAUGAGUUUUAAUAUAUUCCAAAUCUGUCUUUCCAGUAUGGAAGCUGCUGUUUUUAUCUAGUGUUAAAGCUGUUUGCUUUGUCGCUGUCAAAAUGACACAACAAAAUGUGUGCAACAUAAAGCUAACUAUGCAACAGCAUCUUAUCUCUACAGACAGGAGGUGGGGGGGAGGGCAGGGUAUGAAAAAUAGUUAUUUUAAUUGGUACCCAUGUUUUUACUUGUGUCCGUUUUCUUUCAAUUCCAUAAUCAGGCUUUUUUUUUUUUUAUUAAGUUAUAUAUUUGUAUUCAUGUUAAACGACCAAGCAUACCUGUGACAUGUAAAGAACUAAAAUAUUCUCCAAACCAA